AGGAACCCGUCAGGAAGAAGAUAAACAAAACAAACCAGAGAGGAAGACGGCGUGGAUUGAGAAGAAAUGACAUUAAGUUUUCCUAAAGACGGAUAAAAUUGGAAUUGCAACCUUUUUUGUACUAGCAUAUGGGUAGCUUAAAGACAACAGUCAAGUGAGGAGGACAACUCAGCCACACUUAAAUGUGCUGCUAAAGCCUCCAUAUUGAAAACAAAAACUCUUUUUUUCCUUUUUUUUUUUUAUGUUUAAAAUCAAAUUUCCUCCAGAGAUUGACGAAAAGAUAGGGCGACUGAGACAGGGGAGGUGGCAGAAAAGUUUCCGUCAAGGAACUGAAGAUCUGUGCUCUGCAAUGCCUCAGCCCUGCAUUAGCGGAAUGGACCCUCCCUUUGGGGAUGCCUUUCAAAACUGCUCUUUUACUGACCAGGCACUGACCAGCACAGACCUUUUGGCUAACAGUUCUGACCCAGAUUUCAUGUAUGAACUGGAUCGGGACAUGACUUGUCGCCAGAGCCCUAGAGGAGAUAUUUUCACAGUCGGAGACGGCAAAGACUUGGACAGCAUGGAUCAUCUGCCUGAGCUGGCAGACAAUGACCCUGCUUACAGCUCAAACUUUGAGCAGUGGGACACAUACUGGGAGGACUUGACUAAAUACACUCGCCUCACCAGUUGUGAUAUCUGGGGCACCAAGGAAGUUGAUUUCUUGGGCCUUGAUGACUUUUCCAGCCCUUACCAGGAUGAGGAGGUGAUAGGUCGUACACCUACCCUGGCCCAGCUCAACAGUGAGGACUCACAGCCAGUUUGUGACACUCUUUACCAUCCGGACUUGCUGGUGGGUCAAAAGCAGCUUUUGUUUCCACCUCCCACCAUGGCCAAGAAGACCAACAAACUCAGCAGCUCUGCAACCAGCGCCUCGAGUCGCAACCCUCUGCCGGACUUCGCCGAGGGAUCCCAGAAAGCUACCUGGCCUGUUGCCUCCAGCACUGACACAAUGGCCAAGGCCCAGCUUCAGGGCCCUAGCAAACCCUCGCCCGCAUUUCUGGACAACAAGGAUUACGUUCGCAAAGCCAAGGUGCGCAUUAGCGUACCACGCAAGCCUAUAGUAGAGAGCUCCACCCAGAUUAGCGUUUCUGCCUCUCCUGUUAUCCAGGAGCACGAGUCGUCAGCUUCGCAGGUCAGCGAGGACCCAGUCAUCGUCGCUGCUCACAUGGCAUCCUCCAUUAGCUGCGAAAAGAGACUGGAGACUCCUAAACGAGAGGUACCGACUUGUCCUGGUCCAGAAAUAGGGACCCUGAGGACGGUGCCACACAAACUCAACUUCCCUGCAGCUGCUGGCAGUGAAACCUUGCUCACCGUGAGUGCCCUUGGAUCCGACGCGUCUGCCGCUGACAAAAAGAAGGAGGAAGAGCACAACUACUCUUUAUUCUUAACCAGGGCCAGGCUGGCAGGGAAGGCGACUGCUGACAUGGAGGAAGAGGAAGAAGAGGAGGAAGAAGGUGAAGAAGAGGAAGAAGAGGAAGAGGCAGAAGGAUUGGAUCUAGAUGAUGAAGACCAUGAUGAAGGGUUUGGCAGUGAACAUGAGAUCUCGGAGAAUGAGGAGGAGGAAGAGGAGGAAGAGGAGGAGGAGGAAGAGGAGGAGGAGGAUGAGGACUAUGAGGGAGACAAAGACGACUACGUUAGUGAUGCAUUCUCAGAGCCAGGAUGUGACACUGAUAUGGUUGAUGAUGUCAAAGGCCUGUCAGCUGGAAUUUCCAGGAAGAGGGGUAAGCGUCGAUACUUUUGGGAGUACAGCGAGCAGCUCAUCCCAUCCAAACAGGAGCGCAUGCUGAAACCCUCCGAAUGGGACAGAGACACACUUCCCAGCAACAUGUACCAAAAGAAUGGCCUGCACCAUGGAAAAUACACACUGAAGAAGUCACGGCGGACUGAUGUGGAAGAUCUUACUCCAAACCCUCGAAAGCUACUUCAGAUUGGUAAUGAACUCCGGAAACUCAAUAAAGUCAUUAGUGACCUGACGCCGGUUAGUGAGUUACCUUUAACCGCUCGGCCUCGGUCUCGAAAGGAGAAGAACAAGCUUGCAUCCAGGGCCUGCAGGCUGAAAAAGAAAGCUCAGUACGAAGCCAACAAAGUCAAGUUAUGGGGCCUUGGAACUGAAUAUGAUCGUUUGCUGUUUGUGAUCAAUGCAAUCAAAGAAGAGAUAGUCAGCAGAGUACAGGAUAUCUCACAUGACAAAGGAACAAGUAUGACAGAGAAGCUGGAUAAACUCAUUGAGGAUACCUUAGUGCAGCCACCAGUGGCCGGCCAGACUUCAGACUUUGUGAAUCAGAUCCUGGAGAACACUGGGAAAGGAGAUCCCACCGGAGGGCUGGUGGGGUUGCGUGUGCCCACGUCGAAGGUGUAGAGUCACGCCGACCAGAACCUCGGAGCAUACGCGAAGCCAUCCGCGCCAUUCUUGUCCCACACUGUAAAGGCCCGACACUCUGCAUGCCCAUUUCACUUGGAGACGCAUCCUCACAUUUAAAGUGAAUACAUGCAUACGAUACCCGCUUGUCCGUGCAUACGUAUGUGUAUAUUCACCUCGUGUGCACCAAUGGAAAUGAAACUAGUAGUUAACCUUUGCACUCAGUAGUCUGUUUCCUACCUUGUGUGCAUGUGGCUGGUAUCGAUCAACAGGCCGCCAUGUUGCAAAUAUUAAAAGCCAAUAUACGAGAUACCUCCAACAAAUGAGAAAAAGAGAGAGAAAAAAGCUAAACAAUGAGAACCAGUUCUUGCUGUAGCCAUUUUCCUCUUGCGUCCAGCUAAAUCUGUCAAAUGCCCACUGAGAGUUUUGAGAAGCAGAGGCGCACUCUGCAGAUAAACUACGAAGGCAUUAGAUCCGUUGAUUUAGCGGUCAAAAAGGUGUAAAUGCAGACUUUCCGAGUUUUUGAACACGGCGUGUACGAUUUCACCCUCGUUAGGCCUACUUUAUACACUUAUUAAUCUCUCAACUGAGGGCAUAAGUGUCCGGGGAAAUUCCCGUUCGAAGCAAUUGUUCGACGAUCAAUUGAGAUGCACCAACUAUAACAAGGCAAACGCGAAGGAACCCAAAUUCUGAUGUUUAACGCAAAGUUACUGAUGUUCGGUGUAUAUAUGUAGAACAGGGAUGUUUCAAGAGAGUAGCAUGUGAGGAAGCAGGCCUCAAAUACCCUUUCCCACAGAUUUGCGAUCGUCUCAGGUUGGAAAGAGAGCGAGUGUGUGAGGGUUUUAUUUUCUUCUUCUUUCUUUGAAUUGAGAAGAUGGUCAGUUAAGUCCCUUUUUGUAAAUAGGCAGAUUGAUUAUUAUCCACUGGUGAAAUCUUUUCCUUUCUACACUUUGGUUGAAGUGCCCUCGUGUCAAAUCACCUUUGAUGUUGUUUUGCAAAUUCUCAGCGAAAGAGGCUUAAAAAGCUGAAUCCCAGACUGGGUUUUGUUUAUAUUUGUACUUUAUACAAGUAAGAUUCAUUGUGCCUUGUAAUCGUGGAGUUGAGGAAAAAUAAAACUCAAUAGAGAGCGCAAAUGGACCAUUUUGCAGAAAGCAAGAAGUCGAAGGGGGGUCGGGGGGUGGGGGGUUGUAAUGUAUUUCAGCUCUUUAAAGAUACUCUGAAUGUACAUAGGAACAUGGAAAAUAUAGAUAUAUGCCACAGAGUCUGUGCUUUGUAUCAUAAGAUGGCUCUGGCAAAUGUACUUUUUUCGGUACUUCGUUUAAGAGGGGGUGGGCGGUGUCGUAAUAAGAAAUAUUCACAUAUAAAAAAAACAAAAAAUGAUAUUUGCACACUAUAUUUUGAUUGUUUUGUUUUUUGUACCAAAGACACAUGCAACUUAAAAUGGCAACUAGCCAGUCUAAGUAAGGUUUUGCACAGCUUACCUGACACCGUAUUGAAUGUAGGAAAAAUGGUGGGGUCAGGGAUUUCUAAUGAACUGUGAAAUUUGCUUGGGUCCAAUUCUCUGCAGAAAGAAGCGUUCAUUUGCAUCCUCGUCGAAUUUUGUACUGUUCCUUUUGUUCUCAUAUGUAUUUGUACCGCCAUUCGGUUUCCCUCCUCCGAAGUUUUGUUGCGUAUUUAAAAGACGAGCUAUAAAGUUAAUGGAGAUGCUUCUAUUUUGCCCAUAGAAGAUAUUAUCACAAAACCAAAAGGUUUACUAUUCUUCCUAUAGUUGUAGAGGAGAGUGCAUUUACAAAAAUGAUACAUGUCAUUGUCUUGUUUAGAGUUUGAAUACGCAUUAAUCCGUGCACACAUUAAGAUGCCACCUUCUGAAAUGCUAUGUUACUCGGCAUGAAACAUUUCUAUGCUUUGUUGAAAGAAAAAUUGAAUUGCAUAUAUUUUUGUAGAGAUUGCCUUUAUAUUUCCUUUCUGUGCUACCCACAGAUCUCUCUCGGAAAAGUGUUUUCAAAAGCACUCAUCUUGCUAAGGGAAAUCAGAUGAUCCUUUGCAAAUUGUUUAACGAUAGAUUGUCAGUUAAAAUCCUCAUUUAAAAUUGUAUUUAACACAAUCUUAUGUAUGACUUAUAUAUAUACUUCAUCGGCUGUAACAAUCUCACAAUAAAAAGUCCAGGUUAUUUUUACAAAUGCACUUUACACUCAAAUUCUCAAUACCGUAGUUCAAACAAUUCAAAACCGCAUAAAAAUAGAACGCAUUACAGUGAUGUAUACUUCCAAUUGUACUUUAUGAUUACGUAAAGUGAAUGAGAAUUACUUCAAUGAGAAUUGAAGAGGAAAUGUGCUUAACUGUGAUGGAAAAUAAUGUCGUCAUAACUUAAAUAGUCCUAAAAUUAGGCUUCAUUUUCAUUAUGGAAAAUAAAAGUUCUUAUUUGAGUUGUGACCUAGACCCUUUUUGUGAGAUUUCCCUGCCACCACAAUCUCAAGCUGCUGCGAAUUUGUUCAUUCUGAAAAAUCUCUUCCAGGUGGAAUUGUUAAUAGUUUGCUAAUGGCCUUUUAAAAGUAACUUUAUUCUUGAUGCUGCAGCUUGUGGAGAAGGUUGCUUUUCAAAUAUCAUUUUGAUCAAAGAAGGGAGAAUAUUUUUUCCUUUAAAAUCUAAACUAAGAGUUUUGUAAAGCUAUUUUUCUUUGCUUUUAGUAGCAUAGUAAAGAUUCUAUAUACCGUCCAUUAUGUGUUGUAACUUUUUUUUUUUUUUUUUUUCCUUUUUUUGUACAUAGACAUGAAUUUAAAUGUGGAAAAUAUAUACAGUAUAUUAUAUAUCUAUAAAUGUAUAGUAAGUUCUAUAUUACAUGUAAGGAAGCAAAAGCACUUUGUCUAGACAAAAAGAAAAAAACAAAACAAAAAAAAUAAGCUUUCCCCCUCCCAUUUGCUGCUAAACCGACCUCGUUUGAAUGCUGCGGUGUGUACUUGACUUUUGCCAUCUUGACCAGGGCAGUGUGACAGAGAGGUCUUGAGCGGAGACAGACGUUCGUAUGUGUCUCAUUGAGUAGUGAGGACUCUGACGUCACAAUCUUCAUUUGCCUUCAGUAGACAUUUCCUAUGGAAAAAUACAAAUUCUGCUUUGGAUUUUUCUUCAGGUCGAUGUACAGUGUUGACACAUUCUCUCUGGCCAGAGAUAGGUAUUGUUGUCGUGGAUUUUUUAAAGUAAUGUUUUUUACUUACUGGGGGAAAUCCGAGUUAUUUGAAAAAGUAGCUCUGAAAAAAAUAAAAAUAAAUAAUAUAUAAAUAUCGCUGUACUGUAAGGCAGUUCCAUUUGCCAUGGGGAAUCAAUUGGACUAUGUUUUUAUUUUAAGUUUUUUUUCGUCUUUAAGAACCCAUCCAUUCUUAAAAGACAGCAAAGCCAUUUGUUAUGGCGACAAAGACCGGCCUUUCUUGUGCCAUCUACAGCUCAAAGCUUCUCAGAGUGGCAUUAGCUCAAAAUGAUCAUGAUUGUCCUGUAAAAUAAGCUUGAUGGCAAGUGACAAUGAGCAUACGGAGAUGGAAAUACAUGUUGUCCUUCUGUCGACGGCCUGCUGUUUUGAGAGCGUAACUUGGUAGUUAUCGUAGCGUGCUGUCGCAAGCUCUCGCAUUCAACAUGAUGUGAGCUGUGCAGUUUAGUGUUUUAACCAGGGGACUCUGUGGCAUUCAAACAGUUAAGGAAAAGAAAAAGCCAGUAUUUUAUCUUUCUUUUUUUCUUUCUUUCUUUUUUUUUUUUUUUUUGCUGAUCAUGUUUUUAUAUAAAGAAAGAUAUUUAAAGAACACGUACACAUGUAUACACACACACACACACACACACACACACACACACACAUGUAUAUGUGUAUUUGUUUUGCUUCAUAGUGUGAUUCGAUAUUAACAUUCAUAUUGGGCUGUCACGUAAGAAUUAAUUAUGAUUAUUUUAUAAUCUUAGGGAAAUGAUUUCUGCCUUCAAAAACACAGAUAUAUGCAUCGAAAACACAAAAAAUACCAGUUCACAAAAAAGUAAAUAUAAUUCAUUAUUUAUACCGCAUUUAAUAUAUUUUGCAGUUAUUUAGCAUCGUAUUACUUUUUCAAAGGGAAAUAAUGUAGCUUUCUGUUUCCGAACAAUUUGCGUGGUCUUUUAGUUUGCUUGUUUUUGUUUUUGUUUUUGAAAUCACCCAUACCGUGAGAUACUAAAAUGUAUCCUGAAAAAAAAGAGUAAGCUAUUACAUCCAUUCUUUGAUUGAUUGAUUGAUUGAUUGAUUGAUUGUUUUUAUUGUCUGCAUAUUGUUGAUGAUUCAAUAAUUUUGGACGCAAAGCUGCUAAAUCAUGUUGUAAAAUUGUAUAGAGAAUCAAAGAUCAUUCCCUGUUACAUUCAAGCUACGAGCAAUGACUUUUAUAUUGUAAACAAUUAUUUAUCGAGAGAUGGAUCUUAUGCCACUAUCUUUAUACCGCGGAUUCAUCAAACACAGUUCGAUCUCAAUGGAUAACUCACUUUGAAUCCUUCUAAAAUGGCUACAGUAUAUACUCAAGAGCACUCAAACAAGCAUUUACACCUUUCCUUUUCAGUGGUUUGUGUAGAUAUGUGUUUGCUAUAUACAAGAAAGAUUACUCUUAUUGGUGCACUAUGCAGGUUUCACUCUGUAGAAAGACAGGAUGUUGCUUUAGUUUACAGCACUUGUAUUUUUUUUUAACAAUUGUAUCUGGUAUUGUAAAAGUGGUUAUCGAUGGUAAACAACAUGGUGACUAAGCUGAGAAAUCUUUUGAUAAGCAUUUCACGGAAGGCGGCCUGUCUUAUUGUUGCUAAAUAAACAUGCUCUUUCCAAUGUAUUUAACCUAUUGAAUGUUGUAGUUUUGUUUUUGGUUGUUUUUUUGUUUGUUUGUUUGCUUUCCUUUUAUGCUGUUGUUUAAUGGACCUUGAUGAUGAAUCAUUUUACCAUUCUGUGCAUUUUGUUACUCUGUAUCUUGUGUAAUUGUUUCAACUUGAGUGUUCUUCAAAAGUAGAAAAGACCUUCGAGCUUUUUAGAUGAUAGCGCUUCAAGGUUUAGCAGCAGAACAUGCAUUCCUACAUAUCAUGACUCCAGCUGCUUGUAAAUGUUCCAUUAACAAACCUGUAUGCUACACUUGAUCCCUUUAGAUAUGAUAUUUGAAACCAUGGAUAUGUUUGCAUAUACACGGCAUGACUAUCGUGCAUGCUAACCUUGCUAAAUUGAUAUUCAUGGAGCUUCUGCAACAGACAUCGGGGCAGAAGAAUGCUCUUGCCGUCUUUAUUCGAACCAAUGAGCACAAGUGGGGAAAAGAAACUUUGAUACUUUGGUGUAAAUCAUCUCCAUCGCACUCCAGCUUUCAGCUGAAAAGACCCACAUUGCACUUGGUUUUACAGAAUUUGCGAUGUUAUUUUUGAAAUGAUGCCUGCAAAAUCAGGUGCCUUAUUCAGACAUGAAAACCCAAACUUGAUCUAUUGACAUUUUCUACAGAAAUGAGAUUUUGCCCAUUAUGCCAAGAAUUAAAUCAUAAGUUUCCUAUGAAAUUCUCUCUAAUUCUUUUUUUUUUUUUUUUUGGUUGGUUGGUUUAGUUUUGUUUGUUUUUCUGCUGUGUCGAGCAGUAAGCUUGCUUCAGAUGAGAACUGUUGCUGCUUUGCCCUCAUACAGUUUUCAUUGAAAGAUGAAUGUAGUCUUCCUUCAGUGGAGUUCAAUAUGAUUAAACAUAAAGACUGUGUCCCAUACGUUUUGGUUGAGAGACUAUCCAAAGAGUGCUGCAAUCAUAGACUAAUUUUUUUUUUAAUGUUUAUAUCAUAUAUAUAUAUAUAUAUAUAUAUAUAUGAUAUAAACAUGUAUGUAUGUAUAAACCAUGUGAGAUUUCUUCUGUUUAGGUUCUUGGUUGGAAUUGUCUCUGCCUUUGUUUUGACCUUGGUAGAAGCAGGUAAAUCCAUUCGUACAUGAUACAUUGUAACUUAUAUAUAUAUAUACGUUGGACGUACGCAGUGGUGGAUUCCUCCGAAGCCCUCCGAGUGGAAGAAGCUUUGCAAAGACAAUGUCAAACCUUGUCAACAUUGUGUCCCCUCACCAACGCUCAAGAUUAUUGUGCCUCCCGAUUCUUCUGGUUCUACUGUUCCUCAGAUCGCCGGCUAUGACCUGGAGCAGAGUCACUCACCAAUGAACAGAAAUGGCCUUCAGCAGUUGUUCUCCAACGAACAGAAUCAAGGUUUUCCACGUACACAAAAAUGACACAAAUUGAGGUGCGCAUUGCUCGGCCUAGAUCGUCCUGUGAUGGAAUUCGGUCGGGAAGUCUCGGUGGACCGGCGAACCGCUGACGGACGUCCCCGUUCGCCCGGUCGGGACACUUUCCUUGCACUCAGUCACUCCCUCAGAGAAAAGUUGAGUCUUCUUUUGGUGGUUUCCGCUGCAUGGCUCCCUUCACGGCGAUGUGGGGGGGGAAAGAAGCUCUUCGUUUUAUUGGGUUCAAAAAAACUUGGACAUUGGGUAGGAGUCCUGUCUCACCACCCAUGGUGCUGAAUUUCAAAAUACGUACUUGAACACCCUCAGAGCUGUGACUUGGCACGCGCUGUCAGGUCCGUGAACGAUCUUACGCUAGAAACCGUUCCGAAAUAAAGUUGCUCUUACGACAUCUGCUCAAGCCACUGCAACACCUGUGCCAAGACCUGACCCCACACCGGGCGCACAUGUUGGACUUGGACCGAACCAGUGGUCGGGCGGGAAAAGGGCCGUGCUAAUGUAGCGGUGAUAGCUUACUUUGAUUGUCUGUUUGCUUGUUUGUUUAUUUCUUUUUCUGUUGAGGAAGACAUGGAGAGCUAGUAGGGUCACUUGGACUGUUGGGCCCAGAUCUCUUGCAGUGAAGUGCACCGGACUCACUCAAAUCACUACUCUGAAACCAACGUUACCAAAAAGGUCAUCGAGGAACGCUCGCACCUGUCCAAUCGCAUACUUUUCUACACUGCAGUGAUUUACAUUCCCUUCCGACCUUUUGCCAAAUUUGCAUCGAGCGACUAAAUUGACCUUCAACAUUGGAAGCAGGUUUGCGAAAACGUAACCAGGGCCACCAAAACCUUUUCGUUUUCGAUUCCUCUUGUUUCUUUAGUUUCGAAAAUCCAUACAACAUUCAAUUUACAACAAUUGACGUUAAGUGUCAAUUAUUUGAAAAAAAGAACAAAAAAAAAAAAAGAAAAAAAUACACACUAUGUGAACUUGUGCUUCUAAUGUUGUAUGGUAUUCUACUUGAUAAUUUAGCAUGGGAUCCUUAAGUAGCUAGUACUGUGUGUGUACUCCCCAAGUGUAAAAUCUUUCUCGUUUUUUUUUUUUUUUUUUUUUUUGUAUUUUUAUUUUGUUGGUUCUAGUCACAGUAGGAAGGCUGUAUUUCAUUGCUAAGUGCUCUGUCAUAGAUCUCUUGGUGAUAUUCUUAAGCAAAACUCUGCAGAAGUGUAUCCUACUGAAACUAACAGUUACUUGAUCCUAUUAGCAAUGUCUAUAUUUGUAGUUCACAUAUAUGCCUGUUCAAAUACAAUAUCUUGACAGUUGUUCUAUUUAUGUUUCAGUGUUGUGCUGGGUUUUGACAUACAUUGGACAUUUUCUUUCACUUUUAUUUCUUUCUGUUUUUUUUUUGGUUUUUUUUCUUUCGGCACAACUAGUUGGAGAACAGCUUGGUUUAUCGAGCCUUGUUAGUGUACAGAUGUGAUGUAGGCUUAAAAGCAGUUGUGAUUGAUCUUCAAAAUGUGUCUGUUUGUGUUAUUGUGCCUCUUCUUAUUUGAUUUCAGUUUUUUGUAUUAUCCUUAAUUAUGUCACUGCAUUGUAUCAGCCCGGAGUUGGUACCACAAUUCUGCUUGUAACCAUGAUAGUCUAAUUCUAUUAUUGAUUUUACUAUCAAAAUAAACAUUAGAAACUGCA